AUGUUCAAUAAGCAAGAUUACUCGGACGUCACCAUCUUCAUCCAUGGCACUAGACUUUACGCGCAUCGUUUCGUAAUCUGUGUUCAAAGCCGCUAUUUUGCGAAAGCAUUCCAGGAUAAGAUGUUCGCGGAGGGUUGCGAAGGCGAGAUCAGAUUCGAUGAAGGCAGUGCCAUGGCUCACUGGAGAGUCUUUGAGUAUCUUUACACUGGCGACUACACAGAUGAUCUCAAAAUUGAGGGCCUGCAAGACGAUUCAGCCAUGCUGAAAGACCCCAGAGUCACCGACUGA